AUGGCUUACAUGACAAUAACAGCAAGUAGCCAGAGCCUGCGUUUCUUUACCUUUUCUUCUUCUCAAGAAUGCAGGAGUGUGAGGAGUUGUUUCAAAUUGACACCUUUUAACAAUUGUCAUGGAGCAAAUUUGAAUUUGCCCUCACUGGGUACAUCUAAUGGUGAGAAUUAUUGGCAUCUGAAACUUGGGUCAUUGACAUACAAAAAGCAUUCAGUGUCCUCUAGAUCCGCAGGGACAGUGACCCAGUUGGUUACAGAGGAGGAGAAGAGGCAGACUGUUGAGUUUGAUUUCAACAAUUACAUGAAGUCCAAGGCUGAGGCAGUGGACAAGGCACUGGAUAAGGCAAUACCAGUUGAAUAUCCUGAAAAAUUACACGACUCAAUGAGGUAUUCUCUUCUAGCAGGAGGUAAGCGUGUGAGGCCUGCUCUUUGCAUUGCAGCAUGUGAACUCGUAGGAGGGACUCAGGAUCUGGCCAUGCCAACUGCCUGUGCAAUGGAGAUGAUUAAGACCAUGGAUAAAAAAAUCUGGAAAAAAUCAUCAUUUAACUUUCGAUUUAUCGCGAAUCAUCCUGGAGACCCUGAGGAACUCAAUAACAUAGGAGAGUGUUAA